AUGGCGUGGCUGGUGAUGAUGGCCAUGGUGACGAGCCUGAUAGGGAUUGCCCAAGGCGACGCGGGGCACUUCUUCGCGGAGACGCCGAAGCACCUGCCGAGGAUCGGUCGCCGAGGAGACCUUCCACCUUUGGCAACGUUGAUGAUCGAAGAGGACACGCGGGGAUAUGGGAGGUCCGUGGGAGGCGUGCCCGAAGCCCUCGCCCGGGUGGACGCCGACGGCGACGGUUGCGUCAGCAUACCCGAGCUGCUGCGUGUCCCUGUCAUACGGAUUGCCAUUCUCCUACAAAAUCCUGCUCUCAUCUUCGAGGAGGCUCCUGCCAGCACUGAGGACAAGUCCAGCGGGGCGAGCUACAGCAGCGACCGCCGGCCGGAGCCCCACCUGCUGCACUAUCUGCAGAAGUGAGCCUCCUCAGCGCCGAAGCUGAGCGCCGGCACCGUCCACCCGUACCUGGCCCGCCACCGCACCUGGAGUUUGCGUACCUUCAGUGACUUGGAUUCCCGACAUAUCUUUUGUAGAUUUAAGAACCUUGUAGAUAUUUGUUGUGAAUAUCGAGUAAGUGGGAAAUUUGGGUCUUUUUGUCUUGUUACGUUUUUCUUCUAUUUCUUCCCGUCACUCGCAAUUUUAAUUUUCGUUUCUGGAAAUAAAGAUACUGCAAGUGCUACUUCUCAUCCGUUAUCAAGUUUGCCUUGAUUUACAGGCUGUGGAUUCAUCUGGCCUGCAUUAUUUAUUUUCCUAUUUAACGCCGUUGUAUUUAUCAAGGAGAGUUUGAAGAUGCAUUAUCUACUAUUUAUUUUCCAGUGGCUAGAAGCCUUGAGGCCAUAUUAUUUAUUAUCAUUUCAAUAUUUAUGAUCGCAUAAUAAGUAAGUUAUAAUUUCCAUUAGUAAUGUGUUGCUAUUACUAUAAGUUAGAUUCAUGCUAGUUAUUAAGUUCAACUAAUUUCAAGAGAAAUGGGCAACAGAAGCAGUAUCUUAUUACUAAGAAGUUUCGGUAAAGCCAACGUUGAAUACAGAUGCUCUUAAAGUAAAAGACUUAACUAGUUUACUUUCGUUCCUUCACUUACCCUUUGGUGUGACUUACUGUAUGUCGGAAAGGGAAGCCGAGGGAAUGUUGUGUCGACGACGCCUGGACGGAGCGCAGUUCAAAGAGCAACUGUCGUGUUUUACAGUACACUGGAUUUCGGUUUUAAAGGGAAGAUUUACUUAAGAUUUUUCUUGUCAUUUGUUUCUUUGUGCAUUUCAUAAGCAAAAUGUAUCUUUUGUCUGUAUUGCACUUUAUGUCGUAAGUUCAAGUUAGGAUUGUCUGUAUAAACUUUGUCUUUUUACAAAAUGAUUUCAACUGGAGUAUAGUCAGUACAAUAUGAGUGUAUAACCUAAGUUCCAGCCUUAUUUACGACAGGAUGUUAGGUUUCACUAAACAUGUCACGUUACCAGUGUACACGUUUUGGAAGAUAAUAAAGCUGCAUGAUGCUUAAAGCUUA